CCUCGUUCUUUCACUAGACUUGUAGUUUGCAUAAGUAGUGUCAAAUAGUUAAUAUUACGAUCACGUUCGCGUUUUUUUAUUUAAAUAUUUUUAAAAUGGAACUUAAAUGUAAAAUACAAACUUAUGAUUGGGGAAGACAUGGUAUUAACAGUACUGUUGCAACAUUGAUGAAAUCUGCCAAUCCAGAUUUUGUACUAGAUGAAAAGAAACCACAUGCUGAGCUAUGGAUGGGUACACAUCCCAAUGGUCCUUCGUACAUGAAAGAUCUAAAUAUAACUUUGGAAGAAUAUAUAAAACAAAAUAAUGAAGUAUUAGGCAAUAGUGUUCAACAAACUUUUGGUUCUCAUUUACCAUUUCUUUUAAAAGUUUUAUCUGUGAAUAAAGCAUUAUCGAUUCAGGCACAUCCUAAUAAGAAAAAAGCAAAGGAGUUGCAUCAACAGUAUCCUACUAUUUACAAAGAUGCAAAUCAUAAACCUGAGCUUGCAAUAGCAUUGACACCUUUUGAGGCUCUCUGUGGCUUCCGUCCAAUUAGGGAGAUAAAAGAAUUUUUGAAAGUUCUCCCAGAGUUACGUGCUGUAAUAGGAGAAGAUAAGGUACUGAAGUUUAUGACAACAGAUGAAGCAGGCAUUACAAAAGCUUUGAAAACAUGUUUUCAUAGUCUUAUGACCUGUGAUCCUGGAUUAAUAGCACUACAACUUAGAAAAUUACUUGAUAGAUUGUCCAAUUUAGACGAAUCAUUAAGGCAAACAUUACAUGCUAGUUUGCUGGAAAGACUGUACUCAGAUUACCCAGGAGAUGUAGGAUGUUUUGGCAUUUAUUUUUUUAACUUUAUAACAAUGCAGCCUGGUGAGGCUAUAUAUCUUGGACCAAAUGAACCACAUGCAUAUCUUUCUGGUGAUUGUGUGGAAUGCAUGGCAUGUUCUGAUAACGUGGUUCGUGCAGGAUUGACUCCUAAACUAAAAGAUGUGCCAACAUUAGUUGAAAUAUUAACAUAUACUUGUGAACCACUUUCUGCAAAAAGAUUUCAACCUUCCCGCGAAGACGAAUGUACAGAAGUGUUUCGUCCUCCUGUAUCAGAUUUUGCUGUUGCUAAAAUUACAAUUCCUCUUGGAAGAUCUUCAUAUAAUAUAAUUCCCAGAAGUACAGCUAGCAUUUUAAUUAUUAUAAACGGGAAAGGUGAAAUUUCAUCGUCGAAAAUUCUUUAUCGAGGCUCUGUUGUAUUUAUCCCGGCAAAUGAAAAAGUCGGAAUCAAAGUUUUAUGCGGAUGCCACCCAAUGUUGAUGUUUCAAGCUUUCGUAAAUGUUUAA